AUGGCCUCUUUUGGAUAUUUCCUGUUUCUCUGUGGGUUGAGUCAGGCUCUGUCAAGUUACCCAAUCUGGUGGUCCUUGGCAAUUGGUCACCAGUAUUCCUCUCUGGGGACUCAGCCCAUCCUCUGUGGGAGCAUCCCAGGACUGGUCCCCAAGCAGCUACGAUUCUGUCGGAACUAUGUGGAGAUCAUGCCCAGCGUAGCAGAAGGGGUGAAGAUUGGGAUCCAAGAGUGUCAACACCAAUUUCGAGGGAGGAGGUGGAACUGCACAACUGUCAAUGACAGCUUGGCCAUCUUCGGACCCGUGCUAGACAAAGCUACCAGGGAAUCCGCCUUCGUCCAUGCCAUUGCUUCUGCCGGAGUGGCUUUUGCAGUGACCAGGUCCUGUGCCGAAGGCUCGGCCACCAUCUGCGGCUGUGACACUCGUCAUAAGGGUUCUCCAGGGGAAGGCUGGAAAUGGGGAGGCUGCAGUGAGGACGUGGAGUUUGGGAGCAUGGUGUCUCGGGAAUUCGCUGAUGCCCGAGAGAACAGACCGGAUGCUCGGUCAGCCAUGAACAGGCACAACAAUGAAGCUGGAAGGACCUCUAUUAUAGAACUCAUGCAUCUGAAGUGCAAAUGUCACGGCCUCUCGGGCAGCUGUGAAGUGAAGACCUGCUGGUGGUCUCAGCCUGACUUCAGGGUCAUCGGGGAUUACCUGAAGGACAAAUACGACAGCGCUUCGGAAAUGGUGGUGGAAAAACACCGGGAAUCCCGUGGUUGGGUCGAGACCCUGCGGCCCAAAUACAACUUCUUCAAGGCUCCGACUGAGAAGGACCUGGUUUACUAUGAGAACUCACCCAACUUUUGUGAGCCCAACCCUGAGACAGGUUCCUUCGGGACUCGUGACAGGAUCUGUAACGUCACUUCCCAUGGGAUUGACGGCUGUGACCUUUUGUGCUGCGGCCGCGGGCACAACACGAGGACUGAGAAACGGAAAGAGAAGUGCCACUGUAUCUUCCACUGGUGCUGCUACGUCCGCUGCCAGGAAUGCAUACGAGUCUACGAUGUCCACACGUGCAAGUAAAGCAGGCAAGCCCCUUUGAAGGGCUCCAAGAGGAGAAACAGAUUCGAGCCUACUUCCUUUGAGGUUGGAGACAAGAGAGAAGUCUACUUUUUUGAUAAUAAAAGAAUUUAAAAAAAAAAAAAAAAUUAAAGGCUAAAAACUGGUUGGAUAGAAUAGGUCUAAUGACUUCUGGGCUAUCCUGAGGUUCAUCUGGCGGUCACACAAGUUACGCCGCAAUGAUGCAUCCCGCAGGAGACAGUGGCUUUUUAGCUGGCCAGCAACGCAGAGCUGGAAAGAAGAGCAUCAGCAAAAGCAUGGAUUGGCUCUGCCUCUCGCCCACCCGAAGUGAUUUGUGUGAUUAAGUGUCCUUUGAAAGACUUGCAUCUUCCUAGAUAUCUCCUUUUCCCUCAGCCAGAGAAAGGCUGUGUUGGACACCAGCACUAAGCUUUCUGAGAUCUAUCUACAUACUCAAACGGCCAGACUCUGUGCAUAAGAGCAACAACAACAACAGCAAA